ACUAGUGGUUCAAAAUUAGAAGAUGGACAACAUUUAAAGACAAAAUGCCAAAUAAAAAGAAAGAUGCGAAGUCUGGUAAUCAAAAUGCUUCUUGUGAAAAGCCAAAUGAUGUGCUACAAGCGGUUAUACUUGCAGACAGUUUUAACUGGAGAUUUUCUCCUAUAACAUUGGAAAGACCCAGGGUAUUGCUUCCACUUGUGAAUUGCACACUACUAGAUUACACUGUAGAUUUUUUAUUGAAUUCUGGUGUAAAAGAAAUAUAUGUAUUCUGCUCUAGUCACGUGGAUCAAAUUGUAAAUUAUUUAAACGAUUCAAAGUGGAAAAACAAUGCAACAGCUAAAUUUCAGACUGUUUUAUCAGAGGGUUGUAUGUCUGUUGGGGAUGCCCUAAGGGAAAUUGAUAGACAGGCAUUUAUAAAAACGGACUUUGUUUUGGUUCAUGGUGAUCUUGUCUCUAAUAUUAAAUUGGAUAAAAUCUUGAAGGAACAUAAAGAAAGGCGGCUUAAAAGCAAGACAUCUGUAAUGACAAUGGUUUACAAAUGUGCUGCUCCUGGUCAUAAAACCAGAUCAAUUGAGAAUGAUUUGUUCCUUGCUACCGAACCAUCUUCAAAUAGAAUUCUCCACUGGGAAAAAUCAUAUGGAAAGAAAAAAUUUUCCCUUCCAUUGGAAUUGUUUACUGACAAUAUGGAUGUGGAGCUUAGAUAUAAUCUCCUAGAUUGUGAAAUAAGUAUUUGUUCUACUGAGGUUCUUCAACUGUUUACAGAUAACUUUGAUUAUCAAACCAAAGAUGAUUUUGUUCGUGGAAUUAUUAUUAACGAAGAGGUUAUGGGAAAUAAAAUUCAUUGUUUUCUUGUUGAUGAAGAAUAUGGGGCUAGAGUGUCAAACAUUGAAAUGUAUGACUCAAUAAGUAAGGAUGUUAUUCGUCGCUGGGUUUAUCCAGUUGUUCCAGAUAAAAAAGUUCUUCAAUCAAAGAAUCGCUACACAUAUAGCAGACAUAAUGUUUACAUUGGCCUUGAUGUUGUAUUGGCAAGAGAUUGUGUACUUGAGCAAGAUGUUGUUGUGGGGCCUGGCUCUAGUGUUGGCAAAGGAAGUGUAGUAAGGAGAUCUGUGAUUGGUUCAAAUUGUGUUAUAGGUGAUAAUGUUGUUAUUGAAGAUUCUUAUAUCUGGAACAAUGUCAAAAUCAACGAAAGCUGUCAAAUUUCAUGCUGCAUAAUUUGUGAUAAUGUUACAGUAAAACAAAAUGUUGUUAUUGAGAAAGGUUGUAUACUGUCAUUCAACGUCGUUGUUGGACCUGAUAUCCACCUGAAUGCUCGAACAAAGAUUACUCUGAUGUCAAACGAUGGAAAAGAUGAUUUUGGAAUGUCUGAGUUGUCAUUGAAAGAAAAACAAGAUUUCUCGUACGAUUUCACAAUAAUUGGCAGUGAAGGUCGAGGGUUUUUGUGGAAAAUGGACGCAGAAUCGGAUGAAGACGAACCUGAACUGAAGGAUUUAUGGGGCUGCAGCAGUGCUGGGACGAGCGAGACUAGUGACGAGUCAUCUCUCCCAGGCUCGCCAGCAUCCACUCCUCCACCCGACGAUGCGAAAUUGUUUUACAGUGAGGUUUUCGAUACAAUGAGAAAUGGCAUCGUCAAUCAAGUCAGUCCAGAUAAUCUCAUUUUAGAGAUCAACGCAUCAAAAUAUGCUUAUAACGUGACCUUUCACGAAUUGAACCAUGCUGUUAUAAAGACAUUCCUGGAAUCACUUUUCUCUGGUCUGAUAUCUUAUCAACAACAUGUUCUCAAAGACAUGAAAAAGGCCGCGUUGCAUCUUACUCCGCUAUUUGUUCACUACAUGAAGGAAAUGGAAAACCAAAAAAUUGGAAUUCUUGCUGCCGAGGAGUUCUUCUCUCAAAACGAGGCAAUGUUGCCAGCGUUUCAAACAUUUUUACAUUUGAUGUACGACAAAGAAAUAUUUGAUGAAAGCGUCAUUUUGACUUGGUUCAAUUCCCCUGUACAGUCUGACGACACGGUCAGCAAACAAAUUAGAAAAAAGGCCCGUGAACAAGUUUCUCGUUUCAUCACUUGGUUGGAAGAGGCAGAAGAGGAGUCAGAUGAAUAACAUUGUUGAGGGAAAUGUUUUCGCUUGAUGAAUCUUCUUGACAAGGUAUUCUUGUGAAAAGAUGGUAAAAUCUCUUUCGGAAUGCUCGGUUUGUGAAAGCGUAAAGAGCUGGAUUUAAACACGAAUUAAAGAAAGCGAGAAGAUUGAGAAGCUGAUGAAGAGUUGAUUCUUGGCGAGCGUAACCUAUCUGAGCGAUGAGUGAGUAGGUUUGACUUGGUAACCAGCAAAUCAACACUGCAAACGUUGCGCAGGCGGCCAUCCGUAUGGUUCGAUUCAGAGCGAUUUUAUAGAAGGCUGGAUUUGUUGGUCGUUGAGUAUUCUCACGUAGGAUUGGACCCUAGAAUUCAAUAAACAGGGAAUAUUCAAUAGUUUUAUUUGUGCAUGUCUGCGAAAACAUCAACACUUAUUUCUAUAUUAGGUAUACCUCUCUGUUCAUUGUCUUUUUUCUUCUUAAAGUGAUGAGAAUAUGUACAUACAUCACAGAAAUAAUAAAUAAAGGUGCAAUCAUUCCACCAAGGAAGGAUAUGGUUGCCAAAACUGCUGA